GUCUGCAACCGCAUCCAUACUAUGGGUGAGUGCCACUGGUACACUGAAAUCUUCAGCCACGGCCUCAAUAGCCGUCUUGCUCUCCAGGCAUCUUCCUAAACAGGAGAAGACAAUGCGAGUCUGAGCGGCAGAACGGAGCGGCGCAGCGCAGAGGCGACCGAGAGCGAGCCAGUGCGCGCCCGGGAGAGGCUGCCGUGGGGUGGGGACGAGGCGGAGGAGAGCGCGUCUAGCCCCGAGAGGAGGAGGAGGAGGAGGACGCACGGAGGAGCUGAGAGCUCGGUCCUGGGCAGCACCUGCAGCGGACGGCUGACCCGGCGGCCCCGUACCCCCGCGCCACUGGUCUCAGCCUCUAGUCCCCGCACUGCUGUCCUAGUAUUCUGUAAUGAAGAAACUGAGAAGAGAAAAUGACUUACUCAAGGCCACAGCACCAGAGACACAUGGAGCCUACAAACCUGCAGUAACCAAGGAACUUCUGGAUCCUGGAGCUGAUGCUUGCCCAUUCUUCCAAGGAUGGCACCACACCCCAGUUUCCCACUAGGAAAAAGACUGACCCGAGACACUCCUGGACAGUGAUCCCGAUGUCUCUUCUGUGCAGAGCAUCCAAGUGUGUGAUAACAUUUGGGCUGGGGACUGUGAGGAGGCAACAUGGCCUCUGCGGAGCCCCUGACGGCGCUGUCUCGCUGGUACCUCUAUGCCAUCCAUGGCUACUUCUGCGAGGUGAUGUUCACGGCUGCCUGGGAGUUUGUGGUGAACUUUAAUUGGAAAUUUCCGGGUGUCACCAGUGUCUGGGCCCUCUUCAUCUAUGGUACCUCAAUCCUUAUCGUGGAGAAGAUGUACCUGCGUCUGCGGGGCCGUUGCCACAUCCUGGUGCGUUGUCUCAUCUACACUCUCUGGACAUACCUGUGGGAGUUCACCACAGGCUAUAUCCUUCGCCAGUUUAAUGCCUGCCCCUGGGACUACUCCCAGUUUGACUUUGACUUCAUGGGUCUCAUCACCCUGGAGUAUGCUGUGCCCUGGUUCUGCGGUGCGCUCAUCAUGGAGCAGUUUAUCAUCCGCAACACCCUCCGUCUUCGCUUUGAACAGCAUGCUGAGCCUGGUGGACCUACUGCCUCCCUGGCUCUGGCUAACGGUCAUGUCAAGACAGAGUGAGGAGUGGAUCCGUGCAUGGACAGUGGCCCUGGGGCUGUCUUGAUCAACCCAUGAACAAAAACCAAAUGGGAGGAGCUGCUCUUAUUAUACACAACCUCUCCCUUCUAUGCCCACUGUGUCAAUACACACACACACACACACACACACACACACAUAUACGCACACACAGUCUGCACCCACAUACCAUCACCAUCCUCACCAGAACUGUGUGUGUCUGUUGUGCGUGUGUUAGAGGUGAAGGGUAACAGCUACAGUGGGAUGGGGGUGGGGGAUGGGGGGGAGCAUAUAUGUGAAUAACUCCCUAGCUCAGAAGAGAAGAGCAGAAUACCUGGAACUGAUUUGACUUUGAAAAACAGCACCCCAAUCCACUGACCAUGUGACUUUAAAAACUGGGUGACAAGUGGGAAGGCCCCAGGAGACCUCUCGGGUUUCCCACACCCACCUCUUCUUGGGCCCCCUCUCCCCACACCCACCACUGCCCUUUGGUCUCGGUGAAGGCAGCAGUUGGCUUGUUCCAUUAGGCAAUAUUCAGGUGCUUGCUUGCAACCAAUACCUCCCACGGGGCCCAAGGAGCUGAAGGACUAGAAGGAACUUGGCCAGGGCUUAGAGAAAACUCUGCUCUGCCAGCACAGGAGAUGGAGGCAGAGGCCCCACCUGCUGCCCCCUUCCCUGUAGCCCCAAAGCUGCUUUCUUGGUGUUUUCUGGGGCGCUCUGGUGCUGGAUCCCCACCAAACUUGGACUUUUGAAGGACUUAAUCCUCAAGUGCUCCGUGGAGUUUCCCCCUUUUUCCCUCUACCCUCUUCUUUUACUUUUGAACUAAGGAUAGCCUGCCUUUCUUGUCUCCUCCCCAGACAAGCCAACACAAGAAUUCCCAGAGAUAAAAACCUGAGAAAUCUUCUCCACCUGCCCCUACCCCUUCCCACCUUUGUUUUUUGCUCCUUUGCCAUAUGUCCUAGGGAGACUACACAGGCAGCAUCUUCCCUCCCAAAUCGUCUACUGUGAAAGUAUCUGGCAUCAUGGCCCUGAGCUUGUGACAAUGUCCCCUGGUGCUGGUCCCCUUCUCCCUUUUCAUAGCCACCUCUCUAACAGCCUUGCUGGAGGCUG